AUGCCGCUCCACCUUCUGGGAAAGAAAUCAUGGAACGUGUACAAUCCGGAGAACGUCGCCCGCGUCCGGCGCGACGAGGCGCAAGCCAAAGCGCGAGAAGAGGAGGAAGAGCGCCGCAUGCAAGAAAUCGAUGCUGAACGCCGACUACAAAUCCUACGAGGAGAGCGCCCAUCUACCCCUCCCCCGCCACCAGCCUCACAACCAUCCGCCGGGCAACACGAGAAGAGAAGUCGCAAGGACGAAGAACCUGGACGAUUUAAUCGCAAGCGGAGACGUCUCGCCGGCGAAGAUGACACGGAUCGUGAUAUUAGAUUGGCAAUGGAAGAUGCACAACUCGCGGGCGGAAAAAGGGCGGAGCUAACUCGUUUGAAAACGAGUGAUGCGCCGCUUGAAGAUGGAACUGGUCAUAUCAAUCUCUUCCCGUCUGAAACAGGACGCGCACCAGUGGAGAAGAAUGCUGAGGCAGAGACAGAAGCAACCGAGAAGAAGCGCAGAUAUGAAGAGCAGUACACGAUGCGUCCCUCCAAUGCUGCAGGGUUCAGUCAGUCUGUUGGCAAGGCGCCUUGGUAUUCGUCUUCAGGGAGGGAAGCCCCUGCGCCAGAGUCUAUGCCUGGAAAAGACGUUUGGGGAAAUGAAGAUCCCAUGUGGAAACAAAGGGAGAUGACUCGGAUGGAUGCAAAUGAUCCUCUAGCGGCGAUGAGGAAAGGUGUCAAACAGUUGAGGAUGGUAGAACAAGAGCGCAACAGAUGGAACGAGGAAAGAAGACGAGAAUUGGAGGCUUUGAAAGCAGAAGGCAGAGAACAGUCACGUCGGCACAGACGGGGCCGAUCACCAUCCAGAGGAUCUAUCUCGGAGAAUAGUUUGGAGGGGUUCAAACUCAAUGCACCUCCAGACAGACAGCGGGAUGGCAAAGACCAAGAAAAGAGUUCGUAUCGAUAUCAUCGGCGUCACCGGCAUCGGCGUCGCCAUGAUAGGAGCCGUGAUCGCUCACGGCGGCACCAUUCUCACUCGCAUUCGCAUUCACAUUCACAUUUACAUUCACGUUCUCGCUCUCGUUCACGUCAUCAUCGUCAAGAUCACCAUGAAAACAGGAAUGAUGACCGGAGGUCAUCUCGCAGACCGUAG